UAAAAAGAGCAUUGCCAGUGACCUUUUACUUUGUAGUGUCAUUACCAAAAACAAUGUUUAUCAACUAGCUAUGUUGCUCAUCAAAUUGGACAUCGUUUUCUACUUGCUGUAGCAAGCAAUAAUCUGCGCUCAACAUACUGUACCAUUUUAACUCUACAUUUCCUACUGCAGAUAGCUGCAAUUGGCACAAUGGCUGGAAGAGGCUGUGGAAAACGCCACUAUGGUGAAACAGGAUUUGAAGCCUGGGGUGGCUACAUGGAAGCUAAGAAAUCAAAACUGGAGAACCAGUUUGACAACAUGCCAGAUAAAAAUAAAGAAGGCAUCUUCAAGAACAUCUCCAUUUUUGUGAAUGGACUGACGGAGCCGCCAGCGGCAGAGCUGAAACAGCUAAUGCACCAUAACGGUGGCACAUAUCACCACUACUACCGGAGCCGGGGCGAGCGCGCCACCACCCACAUCAUCGCCUCGAACCUGCCGCACGCCAAGCUGAAGCAGCACCAGCGCAAACUGGUGGUUCGCCCGGAGUGGAUCACGGAGAGUCUGAGCGCCGGACGUCUGCUCGACUACCGACAGUACCUGCUGCUGCCGCCCGAGAACCCGCUGCUCUCCUGUAUGGGGGCUGCUUCUACCAGCAAGGCUGACGGGGGAGCUCAUGUCUCUUCCGGGGUCGCAGAAAUCGGAGACGGGGCGGAGCCUGACUAUGACGACGAUAACGAAGACUGUGAAUCGUUUCCUCCCGAUUUAUCCAGCGAUGAUGAUGAAGUCGGUCAGGAGAGUGAUCCUGAACCAAUUGCUGAUAACGGUGACGAAUGUGACGAUUCAGCAGAGGCGACCGAGGCGGCAGGCCCGUCAACGGCAGCUCCAUUGGCGGCCAACUCAGCUCCUGCACCGGCGACCGACCGCAGCCCGGUGAAACGGGCCGGCCAACCCAACUUCCUGCAGGAGUUCUACCAGAAGUCACGGCUGCACCACAUCUCCGAGAUGAAGGCGCUGUUUCGAGAUUACGUCGCGCGGCUGCAGGACGCUCCUGACGAUGGCUUCCCGGAGCGGGCACGUCUGCUGGCGUGGAGUCGCCAGCGGGACCAGAGCGCGGACCAGACCUCCGAACGGGACGGCGAUGACGACGAAGACAUGGAGCGGGAGCCGGCGGGCGAGGAUCCUCUGACAACGGGGGAUGCCACGGUGAUCGCCCACGUCGACAUGGACUGUUUCUUCGUCUCGGUGGGUCUCCGGUCGCGGCCGGAGCUGCGCGGCCGGCCGGUGGCGGUCACCCACUCUCGCGGGGGCGCUGAGCCGGCGGUCAGGCCGGGGGAGGAUCGUGCUGCAGAGGCAGAUGCAUACCGAGCUCGCCGCAGCGGGAAGAGUGCUGGUGAUGGCAGCGGUGUUAGCGGUGCCGGAGGCAAGGAGCCGUCCUGGAUGGCUGGAGGUCCUCACGGCUCCAUGGCCGAAAUCGCCUCGUGCAGCUACGAGGCACGAGCCGCCGGCGUUAAGAACGGCAUGUUCAUGGGCGCGGCGCUGAAGCUGUGUCCCGACCUGCAGACGAUUCCGUACGACUUCGCGGCGUACCGUGAGGUGGCCCUGGCCAUGUACGACACCGUGUGCGGUCUGACGCGACGCGUGCAGGCUGUGAGCUGCGAUGAGCUGUUUGCGGACUGCUCGGAGCUGCUGCGUCAGACCGGUGUGAGCCCGCUGCGACUGGCCGAGUACAUCCGACACGCGGUGCGCCGGGAGACGGGCUGCCCGGCGUCGGUCGGGCUGGGGCCGAACAUCCUCCUGGCCCGCCUGGCCACCAGCCGAGCCAAGCCCGACGGUCAGUUUCACGUACCGGCCGGCCGCGCGGCAGAGUUCAUGCUGGACCAGCGCGUCCGUGACCUUCCUGGGGUGGGACGGACCACCGCCGAGCAGCUGCACCGGCUGGGAGCUGACAGCUGCCGGCAGCUGCAGCGGCUGGAGCUGGCGCAGCUGCAGCGCCACCUGGGACCGCGCACCGGCAGGCAGCUACACGAGUUUUGCCGCGGUAUCGACACGCGCGCAGUGACGCCUCACGCGCCGCGGCGCAGCGUCUCGGCCGAGGUCAACUACGGCAUACGGUUCGGCGGCGCGGCCGAGAUGACCUCGUUCGUGAACGAGCUGUGUACCGAGCUGCAGUCGCGGAUGGCGGCCGCAGCGUUCCUGGCGGACUCUGUGACAGUGAAGGUGAUGGUUCGCGCAGCGGGCGCGCCGACAGAGACGGCAAAGUUCAUGGGACAUGGCGUGUGUGAUACUCUAAGCAGGUCUGGUCGGUUGGCGACUCCCACCGACCGGCUGGAGACACUGCGCAGAGAGGUGACCGCUUUGCUGGCCGCGCUACACGUGCCACCGUCAGAGGUGCGUGGCCUGGGCCUGCAGGCUGGGAGGACCGCGGCCACGGCAGCGCGAGGUAAACCGCCCGCAGCGGCCAGCGUCACCACCGCUCCUCCUCCGCCGCCUCAGCAGCCGGCGCAGACCUCUGCAGUGGUAUACUCUGCCGAGGAGGCGGCGCGGCUGGUGGGCGGCGUCGACCGACCAGUGGAGCGGCCGCCCCUGCCACCAGUCCCUACCUUCUGUGGCACGGCCGACCUCAGCUGUAUCCGCAGACUGGUCGUCGAGUGGCUGGGGUCCGGUCCGCGUCCGGAGCGAGAGGACCAGGCUGCGCUGGCUGCCUACCUGUCGGCACUGGUGGACGCCCGUCUACUGGAGGCGGCCCGCGGCCUCCUGGUGCUGAUGGGACGGCGACUGACGGCCGACGGGCCGCCUCAGUGGCUGGAGGCGCUCCAGCGGCUCACAGAGACCGUUCAGAGGAGGGUGGGCGCGAUACACGGCGGUACGCUGUCACUGCCAGCUCUGCCCCGACCGCCGGCGACUGUCGCUACUACUGCCUCUACUGCUGCAGCCGUUACAGCGAUCUGAACGGACUACCGCUACUGACACCAUAACAGCGGCCACCGUUUGAACUGGAUAGCUACCCGUUGGCCGUUACUGUCGCCGCUAUCGACCCGGAUAGCCACCGCCUGGUGCUGCUGGCUUUACAGGCCAGUUACGACUAGUGCGGUGUCAGGGGCCAUGUGUGAGGGAACUGAUAAUUUAAUGAGGGGAAGAA